ACCACCGACGCGCGCGACGAGUCGCGUCCAGUCGAUACGUGUGUGCCACCGUCGGCGGAACGUUGACGUGGUGGCGAACGAUACAAUCAUCGUCGUCUUCGUCGUCGUUGCACUUGGAACGGGCGCUACAAUAAUAAUUUAAAAUAACAAUAUUUUAAUUUGUUGAUUUUUUUUUUUAUUAUUAUUAUUGUUGUUAUUACAGUAAUAUAUUAUUUUAUAUAUUUACCAUACAUAUAAAAUAAUCGAGCCACGUGCCGAAUAAUUUUGUCGGCCGAGGUGUCACUUCGUGCGUAUUUUCGUGAGAUACCGAUUUUUGAAGAAAUCAAAUUUCUCUAGAACAUCUCACGAUAAAUUCACCACGAAUCGAAGACAUGCUCCGUCACAAAAUAUGCCAUCGUCGUCAACAUCGCAGUCGCCUGUACCGCCAUCGCAGCCACGCGUCUCGUAACUCUUUCGAUUGUCACGUCACUGAUGCUGUCGUCGUAUCCAUUUAUCUUCGAUAUUAACAAAGAAAUACUGAUAUGCAGACAAUCGGUAAGGCAGAUAAUAAAAUGGAUUUUCCUUUAAAUUGGACUGAUAUAUUAUUAAAAUCAAUAUCAGGUAAGACGAACUAUACUAUAGAUGUAAAAAUAGGAACUAAACGCAUUGCUACCAACCAAGAUCUAAGAGACAUUACAAAAAAAAGACGUAAACAAUCAAAUCCUACAAGGAUUUCUUCUAAUGAAGAAAAUACAAAAAAUGGAAGCGACAAAAAAAUAUUAUUUUCUGCCAAAAAUAAAAGCGAACUGAACAAAAGCGAAGAAGCAACAGAUUUAAAACUAACUUGUCCCCAAUAUCCAUCGGUUUCUUUACCUUUGAAUCUAACGAUAUCUGAAAAUCAAAAACUUUCACCAAACGAGGUACAAAAAAUACACUUUUCUAAUGACAUACAACUGAAAAAUGACUCAUCUACGGAAAUUUCUAAUAACCCGAGUUCAUUUCAUCGAACAUUACCGAAAGAAAUGGCAUAUAAUGAUAAAAAAGACAGUUAUUCGACUGAAUCUUCAACUUGUAUGAUGCCAUUUUCUAAAAACCAACCAUGCACAUCAGGGACAAAUGUUGGGUCAUCUUCUGUUCAAAUAUUCAAUCCAGAAGCUUUCUGUGAUCAAUGUAACAAAGAAUUUUGUAACAAAUAUUUUUUGAAAACGCACAAGGCUAAUAAACACGGCGUUUUCAGUGACAGCCAUUCAAAUAGUUCCAGUUUAGAUCAGUUGGAUAGAAUUAAAAUAACAUUACCCACUACUAACGAUUUCUCUUCAAACAUUAAUGACAAUUAUAUUGGUGCUUCAACAUCCUCAUUGUUUAAAAGUCCUGUAUUGUUUUCUCAGUCAUCGGCAAAUCAAAGCACAUUUGUAUCAAAAAAUAUAUUUAACAAUCAAACACGAGCGUUUUGUAGUAUAUGCCAAAAAGAAUUCUGUAACAAAUAUUUUGUUCGGAGACAUAAAGCUAAAAUUCACGGUAUAAUAGACGAUGGAGACUUUAAGUUAACUGAUGAUGUCCCAUUAAAUUUUAAAACAAAUUUACAGAUCAAAAACGAAUUUUUAGAUUUUGGAGGGUCGGAUUUGUGUGAUAGUGAUAUUAAAACAGUAUCGCCAUCUUUUCAUGCCAACGAAUCAAUAACUGAAAUUUCAAAAACACAUGAAAAAGUAUUCUUAAAAGACACCCAAACAUCAGUAGAUACUGAAAAAGAAUUUAUGAUGAAAUAUACAACGGUUGAAACCCCACAUAAUGACAUCAAAAUUGAGAAUACAGAUGAUGAUCGAAAUGUGAAUUACAUCAAUAAAUUAAAUAAUGAAUUGUGUAAUAUCAUCGAUCUUCAUAAUAUUGAACCUAUAAGUAAUUCAAGUCAUAUUACAAACAUAAAUACACAUUAUGAAAAAGUAUUUAAAAAUGAUUGUUCAAAAGCAAACACUAAAGGUAUAAAUCAGCAACCUACCGAAUUGAAGACUAACACUAAUACCCCCAUUAAUUUAAUAAUUACAAAUAAUAAUGUUAACGACAAUAUUAUUGGGAAUAAAAUGUACCUUCCAGCUACCAUUGCAACCGCUGAAAAUGAAAAAAAAAUGAAUACAAAUAUUGAAACAGAUGAAUCUAAUACUGACUCGAUGAGCAAAAACAAGUUACUUACAUUACAUAAUUUAUUUUUUAAAUUUAACGGAAAUACGUUAGAAAAUAUGUCAACAUGUUAUGUAUGUAACAUGCAAGUUAAUGGAUCAUUAAAAACUCACAUUUUCAAUAAACACGAAAACAUCGUUCAUGAACUAAUGAAUGAAUCUUUAGAGUCUAAUGAAAAUUUACGUAUCGAACAUUCAUGUCACGAAUGCCACCAAAUAUUUAAUUCUGAUGCAUUGUUGAAAGAACAUAUCGAACAAUGUGAGUGUAACAUCAAAGGUAUGGGUAGAGCAUCGGCUAGUAGUAAAAAUUCUGCAGAAAACGAGGAAUACAUUAAUCAUCAUACCAAAGAACUGGGUGAAAGAAAGCAGACUACCAUGUUAAGUAGUUUUUGCAAAAUAUGUAAUAAAGAAUUAUGCAAUAAGUAUUUCAUGAAAACUCACAUGCAACGGAUGCACGGUAUAUCGAUUCAAAAUGGUAAUCAUAUUGGGGGAGUAGUGUGUGAUAUAUGUAACAAAGAACUAUGUAGUAAAUAUUUUCUACGAGUACACAAACAAAACUCACAUGGCAUAGUUGAAAAUGGAUCUUGCCAAAAAUAUUGGACGGAUUCGAUGACUGAGAAUGGACAACUGUCCGACGAACCUGAAAAUGGUCAUAGAUAUUAUAAGCACUAUACUGAAGUGUGCAAUAUAUGUUUUAGACGAUUCAGAAGUUCGAAAUGGUUAAGUGCUCAUUUAUUGAACGACCAUGGGCCUGAGGGAAAAAUCCAAUGGAAGCAUAUCCAGAAUCAUUUGGAAGAAGAAAAGCAAAACUUGCAAUCUAACUGCGAGUUGAACGCCAGCUUAAUAGCAAUUGGAAGUCCUAAACAAAAUCCAGUGGAUGAACAAAUAAUACGCGAUGAGAUGAAACAGUAUCGUUGUUCAUACUGUCCGUUCACCACAUCUAUUUUGUCAUUUCUUUUUGUACAUGAAAAAUUUCAUCUCACCGAAAAUAAAACCACAAAGGACAUGUCGUUAACAUGUCCCACAUGCAGUGUGGCGUUUCAAAACAAGACACAGUUGGAAAAUCAUUUUACACAUUGCCAUUUCAACUCAGAUGCAAGGAAUUCACCCGUUUCGUACGCUAUUUUACAUUCACCGGACAACACGCACGUCACACUCAACGCUAAUGAAGAUUCGUCGGCAGACAAGUCGUUGGACAAUAACGGAAAUGACGUAUUCACCGACAAACUUGGAACAUCGAUCAAGCCACGUCAGACCGAAAACGCAUCGCCGUCUACAGAAAAAAACCACCAUGUUCCCGAAUCAAACCACGAGCCGUUUAUAAUGCAGUCGUUUUUUCUCGAAAACUGUUCAGUAUCUCCGUCGGUCAAGAAGGAAAUGAGUGGUCGCAGUGAUUCAUUUCAUUCAUCUCUAGUCUACUUACCAGUCAAGGAAAAGUUAACGUCAACUGUUAAUGUCUUCUUCAAGUUAACCCCAACAUAAAUAUCUGCAUUUUUAAGUUUAUACGUAAGUGACUUUAGCAUUCUAUAGCUCAUGGCGUACGAUUGAGCUAACUAUAAACUAAACAUAUUAAAUAAUUAUAGUUUGUAUGAUAUAACAUAAUAUUAUAAUAUACAUCCACAGAAUUAAAAUAAGACUGAACUACAUAUUUUAUGGGUGCUGGAAUGAAAUUUGGUGAUAUUGAUAAUACUAAAGUUCCUAAUUUAGCCUUGAAUAAAAUAUUAUGUCAUAAUAAUAUAUAUUGGUAGUUUUGUUUAAAUUCCAAUUCGUAAAUUCGAGCUACUCCGGGAAUCCAUAUGCACCAAAUUCAAAGUUUAAAGCAUAACUAAAAUAUAUUAUGUAACAUAUGAUGAUCAAAGUUCUAAAAAAAAAAAAAUAAUAAUAUCUACAUUUAGAUUUUUUAACUCUUCGAAGAGUAAAAUAAUAUACACUAUUAUAUUAUAAUAUAGAGUGAUUCAAUAUUAAUACAAAUAUUUGUAUUUAUUACAAACUAUAAUAUGGUACGUUUGUAAACGUAUGAAAUUAAAUUAUUUUCUUUUUGGAAACUUUUACACAUAAGUAAAGGAAAAUUUCACCAUAGAAUUAAAAUUAUUUAUCAUCGGUUUAUAGUGUUUAAUAUUUUUUGAACAGCCGUCAGUCACCAAUACAUUUAACAAUAGAUUAUAUCACUUAAUUUAUUUUUAUUUUUUGAUCGUUAUAAACUAAUUAUUUUUAUAAUUGUGUAUUUCAUUUUAAUUGAUUUUGUUUUUAAAAUAUUAUCAUUGAAAAGUAAUUUUCUUAUUCUAUAGAAAACUAAUAAGCCAGCGGGCUCUUGAAUAUUAAUAACUAAAAUUUAAAACUUCAUACUUACCAAAAUCUUAAACCUUUUUUUAUUAAAACAAUGCAUAUUGUCUAAAAAUGAUUUUUAAACUCAAUUUUUUAACUUUUCUGCAUUAUGUAAUAUUGUCAUUGCUUUUGUCAUUAUUUUUGUCAUUAUGAGAAGUUGUAAAAUAUUGUGAUUUUUUAACAAAAAUAUAAAAAAAUAUUAUUGCUGUUAAAGUUUCUAAAAAAAAAUAUAUAUAUUCAGAUUUACAGAAAUAUCCCAUGUCACGUAUGAUAUAAGAAUCACUCUUUAACUUAUGUAUAGACGUAUAGUUUAUAGCGUAUUUAUAUUAUAAAUUAUAUAGGUUUCAUAAAUAUAACCUAAUUGUUUUAACUUAUUUAUUAUAGUUCAGUUCAGUUACCUAUAUUUUAAAAGCACCCAUUCAAACGUAAUAAUGGUAAUGGGUUUUUAAAUCAGAUAAUCAAAAAUUGUUUUUAAGCACUGCCUUGACAACUAGGUCAUUGGCUUGAUAAUCAAAAUUAUACAUUAAACUAGUUCAAUUUUAUAAUCAAAAAAAUAAUAAUUUCGUUAUUAUGUUUUACAGUUAAUAUUAAUUAAAGUUAUCGUUAUACAAGCAUAAUUGUUUAUUUUUUGUUUUAUGAACAAUACUAUUAUUAUCGCUAAUAUAAUACAUAUGUAUUAUGUAUGUAUAUAUAUUAUGUGGGUAUAACUAACACGCAAAAAAUUGAGAAAUCAAAUUAUGAAUUCAUCACGAUCUAUGAAAUUAGAUAAUACGUAAUUAGUAAUUAGAGUGUCCCCAUCAUUUUAAUUACUUGGGCUCGGAUUUAUAUGCUCUAAAUAUCUUUAAAAUAAGCAUUUAUGUUUUUAUUUUGUUAAAAUGCUUUUAAGAACCAGAAGUAAACGCACGUAAAAAUAUUAACAAGUUAAUAAUAUAUAAAUCGAAUCUCACUGUUAAUGAUAUUUUUUUUAUUUCAAUUUCGUUAAAAAAUAGUAACAUAUUAACUAAAAAGUAUCAUUUCAAAAUAAAACUUUAUUUUAUCUUAAAUCAAAAGCAGGUGUACCUACAUUAUUGGUAAAAUCGUUUCCGAUUGUACAUUGUUUGCUAUAUGUAUAACCUGUUUAUACCCUUACAAGGCAAUAUCGUUUUUUUUUUUUUAUACAAAUGAAUAAACAUUUACGUAAAGUAUUCGAGUUGCAUUAUAAGACAGUUAGUUUUUAAUUCUCAGCUUAUCCAUUUUGUAUCUUUAAAAACCUCUUUUCAAGUCCAUUUUAUUUAUACAAUAUGGUCAACAACAAUAUCGCAGAGAAUGCAUCAGUACCUACUUAUCUAGAUACCUAUCAUAAAACGUAGUGGCCCAUUCAAUAACAUUUGUUUAGUAUAGUGUACGACUAUAUGUCUAUAUGUCCCUAUUAUUAUGUUGUUAGCGUAUUACGAUAAUAUUAAGACAGAUUAUCAAAUUCCUAUAGCAUUGUAUGCGGUCUCUAUAAUUUACGUUAUUUUCUUUGAUGACUACUGUUGUAACUUGUAAAUAUACUUCAAAAUGUUAUUUAUAAGCUAAAUAUACUUAAAAUACUAAUAACAUGUGUGUAUUUGAAAAACCCAUACAUUAUAUUAUUAUAUUAUGCUUUAUAAUAUUAAAAAAUUAUAAUUACAGAGAGAACGUAAGAAUUUGGUAGGAUAUGCAUGCACAUUGCAAUAUACAAUUCUUUACUGCAGUUCUUCUUUUAAUUAAAAUUACAAUUUCUAUCGAAUCUAAUAGCUGUUUUUUGAACUGCUAGAGAAAAUUAACAAGUAAUAUAUUAAAAUAUGUAAUACUACUUAUAAAUCCGGGCCCUAAUUAUUACUUACCCCUACUAUAAUAAUUAUAGUUUAUUGUGUUUUUAUCGGUGUUUAGGUAUUAGGUACUGAUUAUUGCUUAUAUACGACAAUACGUCAAAUUACUUUUAAAUAUAAUAUAUGGAUUUUCAUUGAAUAGGUAUUUAGUGAAUAAUAUUACACGUUUUAUAAAUAGUUUACGUUAGUUUAUUUUUCAUGUACAUAUUUAUACGACUGUUCUUUUUUAUUUUACAGUUCCAUCCAUUAUUCCUCUAGUAACUCGCGCGAUUACAUUUACAUACGAUUUAUAGUAAAAUCGACCGUAGGUAUAGGCUAUGUGUUUUUCUUAGAAAUACCGUAAACCCAAUAAAAUGAUAGCUACAGCAAAGUAAAAUAAAUGAAUUGUAACAGAGAUAAAUAUCACGAUUGUGUUUAAUAUUUAUUUUCGGACGACUACCUAAUAACUAUCAAAAUAAUACUUUUUUUAUUACCUACCAACAAACACAUUCUGUUGAGGGAUAUGCUAUUAUUAUUAAAGUUGAAGCAAUACAUACCAUACGUUUGUUAAGCAAAUUUAAAUAGCAGACUUUCUUAUCAAAGGACGGCGUGCUCAAGUCAAAUAUAAAAUUUUAUGAAAACAUUUAAAGUUAGAAAAUUAUCAUUCUUCUUAUGUUUAAAAAUUAUUCAAGAAACAAUUGUACCUACAUCGUUAUCUUUUGUUUUAAUGUCACAGUAAUGUUAACUAUACCUACCCUCAGAAACACACACUUUCAUAUUGUUAUUGAUGCAAUUAAAAAUAUAAUAUUGGCUUAAUUAUCUCGUUCCCAGAUUUAAGUAACAUUGAAAAUAUCAUCAAAUUAUUUAAAUAUUAAAAUACCCAUUUCUUUAUAAAAUUUCAAACUUAUUUAAAUGUUGAAAAGUAUUUAUUUAUUUAUUUUUUUAAUUUUAACCGUAAACCCAAUUAUCAUUACACAUGCAUUUUAAAUAAAAUAAUUUAAAAUAUAGAUUUAUAUUUUUUAUAUAAAAAAUAAAAAAAUACUAAUUAAUCAUGGUUGCUUGUUGAAAUAAAUUUAUAUCUUUAAAAAAAAAAUGUUUAACUAUAUAAUGGGAAUUCGAAACAUAACGUUUGCUUAAAUUUCACCGUUCAGCUCACUUAACUUAACCAACGAAUACGUUUUAUAUUUAAUCGUUUUUAUUAAGUCAUUUUGAGACCUAAUGCCUCAAUGGAAUAGAAAUUGAAUAAAAUCGGAUGUAGGCACACUAUGGGUAUUUAUUUAUUUAUUUAUUUGUUUUUAUUUAAAAUCAUUAUCUAAUCUUUAUGCAUAUUACAUAAUAUGACACAUUUAUAACUAAAUAGAUCUACGCAUAUUGUUUCAAAAUAGUUUUACACUUUAUACUUAUUCGCAAGUACUAACCUUAUAUUGCACUUCAUAUUUGUGUGUGAGGAAUCACUAUAACCACCCUGCAAAUAUUUAAUGUAUGCAUAUAUUAUAUAGCCACAUAACUAAGGCUACGCGCAGUCCUUAACCAAAUGUUAUUUGAUAUUUUUUCAAUCUCAUUAUUUCUUAAAUAAUAUGUAUAUAUUAUUAUCAAAUUUAAAAUGUUUAAGAAUCAUCAACACGAGUAAUCAAAUCUCUAAUAAUUUAUAGGUAAAUCUCAGACUGGGAGGAGAUACUGGCUGUAGUUCACCAUUUCUAUUUUUUGAAUGCACAAUAUUAUGAUAUCUUAUUUUACUUGUUUUACUUAAUUUAAAAAAACACACUUCUAGUUAAAGUCAAUCAUUUCACGAAUACUCGUAUUAACUUUGGCAAACGGUAUUCGACUUAGUGGCUUGCUCGGGAUAUUUUAAAAUAAAAAAAUAUUGAACUUGCACCCUAAAGUGUCAGACAAUUUUGAUUCAUAACUGAACUUGUGGAAUACUUUCAAUUUCUGUUAAGAAAUAAAACGCUUUUCAAUACUUGCUGGCCAAUCAUAUAAAAAUGUACUCAAGUAAACCAAUAAGUACUGCAGUGUAAAAUCUUUCAUAAUUAUUAAUGUACCCUUAAAUUUUACUGGCUAAUGCUUAUGAUAUAAUUUUUUGAUUUAUGUAUUUGUUUGUGUCUUACGUUUUCUAAAAUCAUUUAUACAAUGUGGAAAAAAAUAUUCUAAAAUUGAAUAAUGAUUUCGUAAAUAAUAAUAUAUAGUUAAUGUCAACGACAGUAUUGUACGUAAACUAUUAUUCUAAUCACACAUUCCAACAUAUUAUAAUGCUUGUAUUUAUGUUAAGAUUAUUGUAUAUUUAUAAUUUUAUUUGAUGUUUUAUUUAUAUUUAUAAAAAUUAAAAUCAAAAUUAAUAGUUAAGAUUGUACAUUAUUUAGUUGUAUUUUAUGUUAAGAACAUUGGUAUAAUGUGUCAGUGAUAAUUGAAUAUCAAAAUAAUUGACCAUUUAGUGUCAAAUUCAUACAAUAAUCAAAAUUAAUUCAUUACCAUUUUAGUUACGUUAGUAUUUUAUGUUGUAUAAAUUAUAUUAUUAUAUGUUGCUUUUAAAGUGUACGUAUUUGCUAAACAAUGUAUAGAGUAAAUUGUAUAUACAUUGUCAAACAAUUUAUUCUCAGCAUUUUAAUUUUUAAUUAUGUUACAUUGCUUUUUUUUUUACAGAAUAUUGCAUUUUUUUUUAAUUAGAAUUGUAUGUUUGUUUAUUUUAAGUAGAAUAUAUUUAUUUUAUUUAGUUGAAAUCUAGGAAAAAUUGUGACGAUAACCUGGCGUUCUGGCUUGAUUAAAUAGUAUCUUUUAUUAAAGAUCCAUUAUUCUAUUUUGUAUUUCAAAUUGCCUGAAACUUAUUAAAAAAAACAAAUAUAAUACAUAUAUAAUAUAUAUUAUAUAAUAUAUCAUGUGACAAUUAAUAUGCUUAUACGAGUAUUUAAAAAAAUAUAAUUAAAAACGAGACGGAAUGAAAUGGGUUUAAUUAUUUUUAUUUUAUAAUUAAAACUUUUACUAUUAAAGGAAGUAUUUAAUACAAAAACAUAUUUCACAAUCACAAUUUAUUCCUUUAUAAAUGAUACGAAAU